AUGGGCAUAAAAGGUGUUCGGUGGGGUGACUCAAAAAAUUGGGGCACCAAAGGUGAAGGCAACAUAGCCAAAGUUUCAGUUUUACAGAGGCCGUUGAGGGUGGAGACCUUUCCCAAAGACAUCGUGUUGGACAUUCUCUCAAGACUACCAGUUAAGGCCCUUGGUCAAUCCAGUUCAGACCGUGUUGACUUGAUAUCUUCUUGUAAUGGUCUUGUAUCUAUGCUUGUUAACUUUAAGACCGUCUUUCUGUUGAACCCUUUGACUCGAGAAUUCAAGAAAUUACCGGAUCAUGUUUUCAAGUGGCAAUAUUAUGGGUUCGGUUACGACUCGUUUUCUGAUGACUACAAGGUGGUCUUAGGGUCUUGUGAAGAGAUUGGAAAUGGUUACUUGGAGUCCAUAGUCAUAAAGGUAUAUUCUCUGAGAAGCAAUUGUUGGAAACAAAUUCAACAAGUUAUGCCUCAUCACAUUCAAUGCCCAAAUGGGGUUUUUGCAAAUGGAGCAAUUCAUUGGGAGGCGUCGCGGAAAGGCCAAAAUUUGAGUUGUCAUAUUGUUUCCUUUAAUCUAGCUGAGGAGAAAUUUAAGGUGGUGCUACAGCCCAAUGAUGGGGAGGAGGGGUGUUUGUUUACUCUAGGAAUUUUGGGCGGAAAUCUUGUUAUGAGCAGGUAUGGUUUUGGUACUGUGUGGACAAUGGAGGAAUAUGGUGUGAGGGAAUCUUGGACUGCAUUACUCCAUUUUUCUCCUGCGGAAAAACCAGAUUCUGAAUAUGUCUUAUCGCCCCUGUGUUAUAAGAAGAAUGGUGGUAUUUUAUUGCAGAAUUCCUCGAGUCAUCUUGUUACCUACUACCGGAACGGUAAUUCGUUUGUUCUAUCUCCUUUUUCCAUCAUUGAGGAUGAGUUGCAUGUGGCUAAGACCAAAUUGCACUGGUAUUUUGAGAGUUUAGUUUCACCCUACAGCGACAAUGAAAAGAGAAGGCUACAUUUGGCAUGA